CUUUUCCCAUAUUUUUUUCUUCCUUAUGACAGUAUCCAUAUCCAGGUCGCAAGUAUACAUCAUACAAACAUGCAUACUGUCGCUGGUGCUAUCUAUCCUCGUCGUCGCCCUGUCACUAGGCAUCUACAGUAGUGGGACGGUCCCGGUGUUUAACAUCCUCACCCAAUUUUCAAAAUUUCAAACGAUGCUCGCGAUCGUUCAGGACCGACAACUAAUCGCUACGCUGGUAGCUUCGCAGGCGUCUAUAUUUUGCCGAUUGUUUCUUCUCUUGAAUCAUUCCUUACAAGAACACCUUUACGUAAACAAUAACCGCUCAACCGAUUGGCGUACGGUUAGUGAACGCGUAUGCUUGUUGUUGAUGUCCGGGGGUCUUGCAUGGAGCUGGGUGCUAUGUAUCCUUUUCGACCGUCAAGCGAUCGCGUUGGCUUUGCAACAGCUGGGAUCCACGGGAGACGAUCAUAUCGCGUUGGGCUUGUGGCCUGACAUGUGCGUUCCUAGACGCGAAUUGUUGGAUUCUACUGCCAUUGCCGUUCGGUCCUGGUGGCCUUACUCGCUGGACUGUAUUAUCAUCGACAGCGUUCAGAUGAUCAAAUUCGCGCUGGUUCUUAUCUUUAUUUUCGAAGUUGGCCUAUUUCUAAUUGUCAUUUUGCAAACAAGUUGGUCCACCCCUCCUAACAAGGAAUCCUACGACGCAGAAUCCGUCAACAAAUGCAAUCCUUUAAAAUAACUGCGUCGAACUUUUUUUUUCACGCGCUG